AUGGUUAACGGUGCGAUGCUUGGCGCGCCCAACCUCAGAAAUCCUGGACCCAACGGGACCAUGGCCAAUGGCAGUAGAACGUUUCAGUGUCAUCCGCAGGGACAUUCUGAGGCGACUAUCACGCUGACGUUAGUCGGUUUGGGCAUAGUUGCCAACACGGUGCUCAUGGGUCUGAUCGUGUUCAACAAACACCUGAGAAGGUAAUGCAAUACGGUUAUUCAAUUAUUAUUAUUCAUAUCAUCGGGUAGUAAUAAAAUUGAUUUUUAAUGUGGAUUGUAGCAAUAAGUUAUAUAAAAUUAGUUUUAUUAAGAUGUGGUUUUUCGCUCCCGUCACUCUGAAAACGAUAUUUUGGUCGAAUUAAAAAUUCUUCAAUCUGUGUCCUAAAAGACUGCUUCUAACUCUAAUUGUCACCUUUCAUCACUCAAUAUUCCCGUAUCAUUGCUUCCCUUCAAUUCACCCGAUCUCAUCAAACAUUAAACUACUGGUUACAUCUUCUAAAAUAUGUAUUUUUUUUUAUAAAAUAGGGUUAACUAUAAUACUUGGCAGAAAUUCUAAUAAAUUAGGGCUAGGGAAAACCAUUAACAUAAGUUAAAUUUUUCCUUACAAAUUAUAAACGGUCUAUCUCUGUGGCGUUAGAUCUGAUCCAUUUAUCCCUCAGAUUUUCUUCAAAGUAUUCCAAACCUAAUCUGUUUCUAUUUUUUUUCUUAUUUGCAAGUGUUCUAAACAUAGUCUACAUCUUCUAACUUUUGCUGAUGGUUUAAACAUACAAACUCCAUUGAUUGCAGUAACAAAAUGUAAUGACUAUUUCGUCAGGAAUCUAAAAUAUUACCAGAAUACUUCUAUUAGUCUUCUCUAGACCUGGUAACAUCUUCAGUUCAUUUAUUGGUGCAUACAGAUAUAAAUUAAAUAACUCUAUAUAUCUUACUUACCGAAAUUCCCACUUAUAAGAGUGUUUUACUCAUCAACAGUAUAAGUUUUUUUUUUUUUAUGUGAUCAUCGAAAUACUAAGUUUUUUUUUUUGUUUCAAACACACUACGAAAAAUUACACUCGUUUUUUACGGCCGCCAAUCUCUAAAAAAAUAUCGUCGAUGAACAACUGAUGUACAGCGCAGUCUGUUGUGUAGCUCGUGGAAGAACAUAAUAGCGUUUUACGGUUCAAUUCCAACUCGUAGGUACGAUUUACGAGUUUUUCUGAUUUAUUUCCGUUCUGCGAAUUCAAAAUGAAAAUUUUUUAGCACAAAAAAUAAUAUAAAACGCGUAUAAAUUUAUUAACGUUUAAAACGAUGAAAUUUUAUAUUUCUCAUUCUGAACGGUGGUGGCAGCAUCAAUAUUAGUUAGUAUUAUAUAAUAUCGCGUGGCUUGUGUUGUCGUAAUUCUCUUUGUUUUUUUAAACGUGAAAACCAUCUGCUAAAUUAAAAAUAAUAAAACACAAUUUUGUAGUCGAAAUAAUAAAAAGGACAAACAACUUUUAUUGUAAAUACAUUGAUGAUCUUCAGCCACGAAUUAUGUGUAUACAUACGUUUUAAAUUUAAAUUCUUUUGAGCUAUAUACUCUUUAAAUAAUAAAUUAUAAUAUCAAAAAAAAAAAAAAAACAUUUUAAAUUAUUGAAAUACGCGAAGGAAAAACAAUCCAUAUUUUCAUUUCAUAUUUCGUUAAACAGAUGUAUUUAAUAACAUUUUAAAAACAUUUUUUUUUUUAGAUUUUGUAUGAAGUGAGGAAUGUAUUGAUUUUACUACGAUACGUUAUUUUUAUUUUGUGUGUCUGUAUUAUAAACUGUCUACCAGAUUGAUCACCAGUUUCGAGAGUGGUGGUUUUUAGUACGAAAUUGUGUCUAGUUGGUGUACAUUGAGGGAGGAGGUCAUUUGUUGAUUGUCCUUAUAGUUUUCUAAAUAAUGGACAAUAGUUCACUAGAAUAAAAAAAAAAAAACCUUUUAAUAACGGGAGUGUUUACACAAUAAUGGUUUCUGUUCCUUUCGAUUUUGUUUACUUUUAACCUUUUAUUAUUCAGUUAAAAAUAAUCGCAGAGGCCUGAAACAACCGAAAUUUCCAAAAAAUUCUUGCGUUUUUGAAGUAUUUACAAUAACUGUUUGAAAUAUUUUAGUUUUUAUUUGAUUAUACGGGAACUAAAUUGUUUUGGCAAUGCAAAAAUGCUCAAAAAUUUGACAGGAGAUUCAUCAUAAGUUAUACACAUUGAUAAAAAAAAAAAAAAAAAUAAUCGUAAUGUUGUUAUUUUUCUUAUAAGCGUUUAAUGUUAAUCGUAAAAAUCACUGAACUUCGCGUACUAGCUAUUUUUUGAUUUAUAUGGACUUUUUGAAUAGGAAUAAUUUGAGACAAGAAACACAAGCAAUCAUAAAUAUAUCGAAUAAUUAUAAUUAUAGUGAUCAAUUUGUCUCAGCGCACCCCAAUAAUAAAUGUUUGUGGGAACUAUAACAUUUUUUCUCUCCCAUGGACAAGAGGUAAAAAAGAUUAUCAUUUAUGUACUCAUUUUUUCUCUUCAGCUACAGGUUGCACUAUUAUCAAGGGUUUUUCAAUUUUAAAUCUAAUUCAAUCUAACAAUAAUCUAUUUUCUAGAUUUAGUAUUUCCGAUAUAAAUUACUGUUCAACCGAAUUUUAUUUGACCUUUUAAUACCUAUCGAUGUGCACUGCCCCCUACUUUUCAAAUUUCAGUUAAUUAACGGAAAUAUACAAACAUUAUCUCGAUUAAUCAAUCAUUCUACAACUAUCUUAAAGCUGAUUAUGUUGAAAUCAACUAAUUGUUCAAUUCUUUUAACUGCGGAAAAAACGUUAAGUAAUAUGAAUAUUAUAACGUCUGCCACUAUUUUUCAAGACGCUCUAUUUACAGCCCUAAUCAAUUUUUUCCCCACAUAUUCACUUAACUCUAAAUCCAAAUUCCUUAGCUGUAGCUGUUCACCAAAAAGUUAAAAUCACUUGUAUGAAAAAAAUUAAAAGCAUGCCAAUGUUACAUUACGAAUAAUACUAUUCUCAAAUACACAUAUUUCUCUUAUUAUCGACUACAACUUAAACAAAAAAUCAGAAUUAGCAUUUAGGGAUUUUAAUAAUUAGUCUAAAAGUAGUUUUAUUUCUAACCCAAAACAUCUGAGAAGAAAUGAGGGUGGUACUUUGGGAAGGUCAUUUUAAUUUUCCCGGAAGUUUAUAUAAUAAAUGUGGAAAAUCGGGAAAACGGGAAAAUGCAUGAAAUAUAUCAUUUUCAAUAUAUUUCAAUAUUACGGUCUUUCAAAACAUGUGUAAUACGUGUUAGAUAUAGUGCAAUUUCCCCUCUAUCUUCCCAACUUUUCACCUACAAAAGUAGCCCACCCAUCGUACGAAGUAUGUCCCUAUAUUUUUUAACUUACUUUCCAUCUGUAUACAUGUAUACUCCUUUUAGUCACGUUCAUCCAAUAUACAUACUCACAAUGAAUCAACUUCUGAAUUUUCUUCACCAGUCAAUUGAUAUAUUCCACUUAAUGAUAAAUCGGUUAGUCUACACCAGUGUUUCCCAACAAGGGGGAGGGGCGUGCUCACAUUUCUGGGGAGGUGCAAGAAGUAAAAUUUGUAUUUAUUAAAUAAUUUGUAUUUUACAAUAAAGGGAAAAAAUAAAAGUCUAAUAAUGACCGGGGACUGGGUGUUGAUGAUAAAGAUUACAAGAGACCGAACUAAGUAGAAGUGAUAUGGGGCAGUUGAAAAUGUUGAUAAGUUUGCUUAUACACCUUGAUGGUCUUUUUUUUUUGAUUAUCAUGUUUGUUAAAAAGAGAAGGGGGCGAGAAUUUUUUAAAAAGCUACAAAGGGGAGCGUAAAAUAACAGAAGUUAGGAACCACUGGUCUAUACUCAUUAGUAAAACCAAAGUAUUCUGGACCUGAUAGAAUUUUCUGUUUCUUUUUUAUUAAUGACUGACACUGAUACAAUCUUUUAUAGUAUACCCAAUUUUUCUAUUGUACUCAAAAUAUUUUUCUCAAGGUGUCUUUCCAUCAAUUUGUAAACAUGGUCCCAUUAAGCAGAUUUUUAAGAAAGGCAAUAAAAAUAAUACAUAUUAAAAACUUACGGCCUAUGUCCAAUUAGGUACAGCUUAGACAAUUGUUAAAAAAAUUAAUUUGAAAGUGUGUUAUGUCAUCAAUAAAUAAUGGUAUAAAAUAAUGCACUUGACCAUAGGCAACACUGUUUUAGGCCCGGUAAAUUAACUAUAACAUGCUACGUCUCCUUCACAGAAUUAUAUUCGUGAGGUUUGAUGUGGCGUACACAGACUUCGAAAAGGGUUUUGAUCGUGUUGACCAUAACUUUCUAAUUAAUGCAACACGGCGUUUGGGUAUUAGCCAUCCCCUUUAUCUUGGUCUACUCCUAUUUAACUAACCGUAAAUAGUUCAUUAACAUACAGGGUUACAAAUCUUCGAUAUAUUUAGUCCCAUCAGGCACACUUCAAGGUGGACACUUAUCCCAAUGAUUAUUAUUAAUAUUUAUUAAUGUUUCGAUAAUUUCAGUUCUUAAACAUUAUCAAUUUUUACUAUUUACCGACACUUUUUACUCCCCUAUAGUUGGGUAUCACUUCAUUUGAAAUCUAUCACCUCCGAAAUUCAGUGUUUAGAUAUUUUUGGUAUGAAAAUUAUAAAAAUAAUGUCAUAAAAAUAUACUAUUAGUCCGCCUAAGGUGGAACUACCCGCUUUUCACCAAUUCGUUUUCAUUCAAUACCGACACGGUCAAAACUAAAAAGCAAUAUUGGUGAAAAAAAAAAUAGUCAAAAAUCAACACGGGCAACCUUACCUUACACAAGUUUAUUAUGUGACACACUUAUAGGUUUUAUAUACUUAUAUUAUACAAAUCUAAACACUAUUCUUCUGAUGAGGGUUCAUAAAAAAAAAUGUUUGUGGCCAUGUACAUGGAUAUCCUACGUUCCCGGAUUACCAUUUAAAAGAUUUACUCGUGCCGGUGGAAAGUUUGUGGGUUUCUGUACAGUAUGUUUUAUUGAACGGGUAUAAUUUCGAUUUUCCGUAUUACGAUUAUAAGGGAACGUCCAUCAAAAGUUCAUGCGUAUAGAAAAUAUUAAAACAGUAUCGGUAAAUAUACUGUGUGAAAAAAAUCCAUGUACUUCAUGUUCCUACGGGAUUUGAGAAUCAAUUCCCUAGAGCUGAACCUGCCUACCCGCCUAUAAGUAUAAUAUACGUGUAAGUAUAGUACACAUAACACACUAUAUAAUGACCCCAAGACCGAAGACCAGUACUGCGGCGGCAGCGGUAUUAUUUUGUCUCCCGAGAAAACGGAAUAAACAGAAAAUCCAUUAUUUAACGGGUCUAAAUCAAAACGGAAGUAGCAGGUAUGAACAUUUUUGUUUCUCUUGUAUGAACACUGCAGCAUGUUGGAUACUUUGCUAUUCGAGUAUACCGAUAAGUACAAACAAAAAAUAUCCUCUAUGGUGCAUCAACUGGAUCCAAAAUGAAAGAAAAAAGCUUUCUUAUCGUUUUUUGAUUAUACCAUGAUUUCUGUUGGACAAAUUGUUUACAGACAGAAAAAAAGUCGUCCUGAAAUAAUAAGUACGGAUGCAGCCACUGUUUUAGGUAAUUUAGUGUACACCCGUAAGCAACGAUAAACCAUUGCUUACGAAAAUACGAUUCUGAGUGGGGUUCAGUUGAUAGUGUCAAUGUGAUGCUUUGUCAAUAAUAUAUAUGCCAUAUUAUAGUAAAAUAAUUAAAUAGGCUCUAUAUGAUUUCUUUAAUAAUAUUUGUUUAAUGUUGUGCCGAUUUCCCCGGUUUUCCUACGUUUUUCUCGGGUUUUCCAUGUUUUUUUCCAGUUUUUCACAUUCGCUGAGAAAACUCCGGUGAAAAUCAAAACCGACCUCUUUAAAAUACCUUCCCAGUGAAAUUUCCUUUUAGAAAAAUUCCUAUCAUUAAAAGUUUGAGCAAAAUUGCUGGUAGAAAAGUUGUAUACAAAUAAAAAAAAAAUCAUAAUAUUAUACAAAUAUACUUUGUACAUUUUCCCGCUUUUAUUUUCGAUUUUUCGCAUGUGUUGAGAAAAUCUAUAAAAUAACCUCUUGAAGAAAAAAAUUCCAAAAAUGACUAAAUCAUAAAAAAAAAAAAAACAAACAUCUUUGUAAAACCAUAAGCUUCAUCGUUCCACUCAGAAUCUAAAACAAUUUUAAUUUUGUUUUAAACAAAAUCCACACGAUAGUUAAACAAAUAAAUUUAUCGCUCCGCUCAGAAUCUAAAAUAACAGCGUACAACACGAAAACGUGUAAUCGGACCGUAUGUCGUGUACUCCGUCGACAUAAAUCCGUAUAAGUCCACAAAUAUCAUAUCUGUAAUAAUGUUCAAAAUUCAAUUAUUCAAAUUUCAAGAAUAACAUAUUUUCUAAAAUAAUAUAUUAUCUUAUUUGUGAGUAAGAAAGUCGUUGUUUGAUUUUCCGUAUAGUUUUCCUAAUAAUUACAGAAAACCGGAGAAAAACAUAGAAAAUAAAGAAAAGUAUACGGCUUUUGCGUUUUUUGUUAUUAUUCGGUUAAAAAUUAUUGUGGAGAACUGUAGUUUUCAUAAAACACCUAUAUUCGUCUUUUGUAGGUGUGUUCAAAAUUUUCAAAACAUUCUAACUAUUCUAGAUAUUUGAUAUGUUCGUGUUUUUUUAUGUAUUUAUAUUUGUUCUUAAAAUUAUAUGGCUUAAGAAAAAUGCUUGAAAAUUUAACACAGGAAAAAAAAAAUUUGAAUUCGGUGAAUUAAUUUUAUUUUUACAUAAGCGUUUUAAGUUCAAUAUUUUAACGAAAAUGGUAAAAAUUACGGCAUUUCGAAAUUUAUCUUACCGAACUUUGUUCCAAAUCAUUUUCCAUUAACAAUGGUAAUCUACCUUCUCAACUUCUAACCUACAACAAUUGUUGCUUCCGUCUACAGUAUCAGCUCUAAUUUUUAUUCUAGGUUUUUUAGGAGAGUGUUUAAUAUCGUGUUUGUUUAUUUAUUCAUGCAUUAAUUCAAACUUCUGAUAAUAAUUUUUAUCCUUAAUUGGCGUUUCUUUCCUCCCGUGUCAUCAAUUCCCUCCCAUUCACACGAUCUCACCUAAUGCGAUAUUGUUGUCUAUUGUCUUAUAAAGUUAUUCCACGUUUAUAAAGGUGCAUCGGUGAGGUCAUUGUUUUAUGUUAGUGCGCAUCGCACUCACAUUUUAUUUUGAUUAAGGCAUUUAUUGUGUUUACAGUGUUGCAUAAUAUGCAGGCGCGUAUUGUUUUAUUAUAUGGUCUGUGUUAAUUUUGUUUCUGUCGCGUGUGACUAUCAUAUUAUUAUAGUCGAACCUAUUAGAAUAUAAAUUUACUGUGGAUUAGCGUUCAACGGGCACGCGAAUCAAGUAUUCGCCGUACUCGUAUUGGUAAGGAUCUCGUAUCACCCGAAUAAUCGCAAACCACGUUCGAUUCACCUAUUUGUUACAUUACGAGGACACAAAUAACCGCGUAACCAUUUAUUGGUUUGUGCCCGUCCGGUUUAUCGCAAUACGACCCGAAUAGUCGAUGAAACAAUGGCGACGAAACAUCGUUCAGUCAAUAUUCCGCAUAGCUCAAAUAAUCGUGUUGGUGUAUUUUGUCUAUGUUUGGCGCUCAGACACUGAUUUUUACAACUGUAAGUGAGCAGCUGCUGGCCAGUUCGUCAUUCUGCGUAGGCACGCAAGGAGCUAUUUGUAAUUAGUCUAUUUCCUCCUAUCGUUACAUCAUAUUUAUAACCUGUUUAGCGUACUAAUAUUAUUGACGUGCGUAUAUUUAUAUUAUUUUCAAUGUCCAAAAUACGUAUGUUUAUUGUUUUGUCGUCGAUCUGUAUAAUCUACGAUUUUUUUUUCUAAACUCGGAGCGUAUCAAGGGAUCUUUCGGUUUAAUUAUGUUUCUUUUAUUUUUUUUUUUCUGUCUAUGAAUUCACUGUUCGAAAAGAAAACGUGCUCCGAUGUAUCAAAUAUUUCUUUUCUGAAAGACAAUUUUAUCUAGUACGUAUAUAUUCAAAAGGUAAUUUUUUGAUUUUUUAAUUAGUUUUCAUAAUCAUUGGAAAAUAACGGGAAAGAAUAUAAAAUUAAAACUGACGAAUUUACGCGGUGACGUUACGAUUCCAUUAUUUACAAUUUGUACGCUAUAUAUGUUUUCUACCAGAAAUAUUGCUGCAAUUGAAAUAUGACGAGAGAUCAAUUUUGUUGCUUUUAAUAUACAGCCAUUGAUAUAGAAAGUCAUUUUUUAAUUUCUUACACAUUUUUCAUAAUAAUUGAGAAAUAAUAAAAAUACGAAAAAAACGGUUUUUUUUUUCCAAUUGCGGUGCAACGAUUUCAUAAUUUAAAAUGUAUAUGGGUUUGUUUUCUACAAAAAUAUUGCUUCAAUACAAAAAUAAACAAGGGUCCUAUUUUUUUCAAGUUUUAAUCUUAUUAGUGAGUAAAAAAGUCAUAUGUUGAUUUUUUAUGUAGUUAUUUUAAUCAAUGAGAAAAUCCAGAAAUAUAUUAGUAAAACUAAAAAUUAACGCAAUAGCGAUAUUAUCACAAUCGUAGGGGCGUUUAACGCUCACCGAAUACUUAUUUUAUGCGUGGUUAAAUUUUCAAAAUAUUCUAGCCAUUUAAAGCUUUUAUAGGCAUUUUACAUUUUUUAGUUUUUCUUUGAUUUUUUAUGGACAAAAUUUUGGCUGAACAAAAUUAACUGCAAAUUAACACGGAUCCAUUAUAAGUUCUAUUUAGUAGUCAAUUUUAGUUAUUUUUUUAUAUGGAUCUUAAGUUCAAAUUUUGGUGAAAAUCAUGAAAUUCACAGACGUUUUCCAACAUGUAGGUAUAACCUUUGUACUUUUUUCUUUGUUUUUAAAUGUGUUAGCACUGAUUUAUCAUUGUAUACCGAUCUGAAUUAAAUAAUUCUAUGUUUCUUAUAUUUAAAACUUUUUUUUUUUAUAACUAUGACGUGUAUGUACUUGGAUAUACCGUACUCGUAUAAUAUUUUAAGUUGGUACUAUUGGCGUUUAGUCUCUUUAAAUACCGUUUAUUGUGUUUUAGAGCUAACACAUUACAAAGUGAUGUUUAAUGCAGUUUUUAAUAAUAUUUAUUUAUUCUACCGAUAUUGUUGGGUAGGCUUACCCCGGUUUCGAAAACAUAAGCUGAAUAAUAAAUUUACUUGAAAGAAAGACGCAAAGUUGUCACCUUAGUUUUGAAUCCGAAAAUCCAAAACGAUUUUCAAACUUAUCUUGAUUGAUGUCGCUGUAAACGACCACUCAACAAUGAGUUUAUUGGAGCCAACCAGGUAUUACUCCGUUAUUGCUACAUAAAUCCGUUUAGUACGUAUACAUUUCACGGUAUUUUCACUAUCGUACUAUUGUAGUGGAAUAAAAAUAUUAAAUUAAGAGGUGGGGAAUGGGGAAGAGCAAUAUAACAGAUUAAUAAUAGUAAGGUAUUAGGGCGGAGAGAACGUAUUAUAAAAGUGAGUGUGAUCGGGAUAGGGAGAAUUUGAGAAGCAUAACGAAGAUGAAAGGGAGAGAGUCAAGGAAAGUUAAGACGGUUCACAGGAUAAUUUUGGUGUAGAUAUAAAUAUUAUUUUAUCGUGUGUAAAUUCAUUACCUUUUACACAGCGGUAAGAAUGAAAUAGUGUUCUGAAUAGAAUGGUGAGCGGUGAGGGAGCGCGCGUGCGACGGUCAAAGAUUCCACAACCGCGCGGUGGUGUCCAACUAAAUAUGCCGUUAUGACGCGACGCUACGUACUGCAUAUAUAUAUUUAUAUAUAUUAUUUUUCCACGGUGUGCAAUGAAAUACAGUCGCGCAUUAUCGAUCGUUAUUGUGUAUGGUCCAAAAACCGUCCUAUUCAGUGUGGGCGUGUGUUUAAACAAACGUAUGAAUGAGCGUUUCCUGACCUACGGAGAAUCUAAAUACUGUUCUACUACGGGAGUAAAGUAACUUUCACUUACAUCGUUGAUCUGCAAAACAGCUUGAAGUUCGCCUGUUGGUCCUUGACCGUAGUGCGGUAGGCAAGAUAAAAAUUACCUGUAUAUGGAUUGCUGUUCGGGUGUGCGAGAUUGAAUGUGGAUAGGUAUGGGUAUCGAUAAAUCGUCGCGAUAUGUACACUAAUGCAAAUUAACCAAAGUAAACGUGAGUGCUCAGUAUACGGUACAAAGAACGCGUGGAUUGUUUUUUUUUUCGUUGACCACUUUUCCAGGCGUAUAGACAAACUAUUAUAAUCAAAGGCAAAUUGGUCGAAAAUUAAAGCAUAAAGCGUCUGUUAGCGUUCCAAUAAUGCACUGAUAUGACCACAAGUUCGUGUCUUUUCGGAAGAAAACUAUAAAAAUGAGCACGUCUAAAUAUGUAGCAAAACAGAGUACACACGCAACAGAUAGGUAUGUAGGAGUUAUGGAUUAUCAGAUACAAUGGUCCUCCUUAGGUUCUGCAGCCACUACACAGAUAUGGAUAGGCAUACCAAAUAUAGCAGUCCGCCUUAGGUUCUGCAACAACUAUAUUUGGGGGCUAGAGUUUGAAAGGGUUGUAUAGGUAAGGGAAGAAGGAUGAGAGAGAAGACGAGAAGUAGUAUGAGGAAUGGGAUGAACAAAAAUGAUACGUACGGCGUCUUAUAUAGGCCUUCUGGAUCCCCCAUUCUAUUACAAAAAUUAAAUUAAACUAUAUCUCCAGAAUUUCUGUGUCGCAUUGAAAGACUAACCCGUUAAUUGCACUCUCGUAGAAAAAUUCAACUUUACUGCGUCCUUUUUUUUUUAUUAAAAACGAGUGCAUGAGCGCAUUUACAUCGGUAUGUUCAACAGCGUUUAUUUCGUUAGGGAGUGUUUAGGUUUAAAACGUUCAAAACCAUAAUAUCAUUACCCUCCCGUCCUUACUGAACUUUUAAAAGGCGCAGCAGGUGACCGCCUCGUUCUGUAGUAAUAGCGAACCGAAAAAAAUAUAUCGUUCCGGUAAUUGACAUUUUUAACGACCUCGUUCGUCGCGUUCAAAUUCUCCAGGUCCGCCCAAAACUCGAUUUAUUUACACAAUAUAGACUUCUAAUUUGUCCUAUAUAAUAUUGUCGACGUUUUCGCGCUUUAUCAAGUAGAAUCGAAUCUGUGACCGGUACCUAUUACAUGUUUUGCGAUUAGGAACUUUUUAUAAGAGCGUUCGGAUAUUCCGUGUGCGGUUAGAUAUUUUCGAUUUUGAGGAUUUACAAAUCAACAAGGAAGGCUACUGGGUAAGAAUGCAGAGCAUGGCUGUCAAAAUCGAAAAAUUCGUGCCAAAAAUAUUGAUGUGUUCACACGCUUUCACGCGAUAUUAUAAGGUGCGUGUGUUUAAAGUCGUCCCGAUAUCUCUUAAGACAAGAUUUAGGUCUGAAUAUUUGCAAAAGUAUAGACAAAAUAAUGUCUCCAAAAGUAUAAGCCUUAUUCUUAUACGUUUUUAAGUCUAUUUAGGGCACUCGAUGCUACAACUAUUUACCACCGUCUUUCCGUAUUUUUACUCGUUUCCAGCUCUGUUUCUUGCGCAACAUUUUCAAAGUCUUCUUUCAGUGUGUACAUCCAUCUUUACCUGGGGUGGACUCCGGGUCUUCUGCCGCUGAUUUUACCGAUCAUACUUGUUUGUAGAUACCAUUAUCUUUGCACGCGUGUGUUAUCCUCUCCUGCUCGCUUCUAAUCAGAUCGUUUGUUUGGUUUUUGAAACAGCCGAUAGAUUUCCUCGUUCGUCCUUGUUCGGUAUUCUCUGUUUUCAAUAAAAUUUGACCGUAAAUGCAACGAUGUACCCAAAUCUAAGCCUUUAAUGUUUGAAUGUUUAUAUAUACUGUACAGAUACAUAUUAUAUUAUAUUAUAUUCCAAUAUAUGUAUCCACGCUAGGUGCCGAAUAAACCCGAAUGACGAUAAUAACAAUUGACGCAGCAGUUACUCGCGUAUGAUACGAGAAUAGAUAAACGCGGUACGCGGGGAAGUACUGCUAAUGGACACUUUUUCGACAGCCGAGAAAAUAUAAUACUUGUGACUUUUUCGACUCCGCGUAUACCUACUAUAUAAUAGUAAUAGUCUGCUGCUGUAGCAGUUUUCUGUUGUGCGACAACGACGACGAGACCGUUAUUCGGCACUUCUAGAGCUCCCCGUUUUAUUCGCAUGUCAUAGGAUAUUAUUAUUAUACAUAUACGAGACCGUGGUGCGGUGUCACCGACAAAAGCGUAUCGAAAUACACGGCCGCCGCCGGACACAAUGAAACCGCGGCCCGGUGCUUAAAAUUCGAUUUAUCAUAUUAGGUAUUAUUGUAGUCGGCAAACGCAGUCGUCAUUUAUCACUAUUUCCGUUUGCCGCCCACACACACACGCGCUAUAUAAUGAUAAUGAUAUUAUGACUAUUAGCUAUACUAUUAUAGAGUCCGAUGCAUACGGAUAGAUUCCCGUAUACAUUUUAUUCUUCUUCUCGGAGAAAAUACGCGAGCACGUGCGGCUGUUAGGCUGCUAGGUCCUAUUAUGCAAUUAGAUGCACAGUAACGUCCUUACUGCUCUAUAAUCCUUAUCACCGCUGAAUAGCCAAGUUCAACGGCGUAAGUCGACGAAUCCGGUACCAUUCGAACCUUUUCUGUGUAAACCGUUUCGGAUACCGCGGACUUCUAUAAAAUUUGUCCACGAUAAAAUUAUGUUCCCCGUCCGUUUUCACCGCAGAUAUAAUAUAAAACGACAAAUAGACAUAGUCAGUUAAAAAAUACGCACUUUCGGGGCAGAAAAUAGUACUUGUAAACGAAUAAAUACUCUAUAAAUGGCAUAAGUCAUUUCAAUUCUAAUUUUAAAUCUUAUUGUACGAUUUUCGCCACUGUAAUUGUAGACUCGACCCUGUAUGUAUUUAUAUAUUUAUAUAUUCAAAUAUAAGCAUUAACGUGCUAAUUGCCGUUAUUUUUUUUUACGUUUUAAACAAUAAUUUUUACUUUUCCCGUAUUAAUUGUUAAUAAUUUUAUAAUAUAUACAUAUGGAUAUGGAGACUUACCUGCAUAUAUAUAUAUAUAAAUAUGUCUAACAAAAUCACAAAUGCAUUUAGGUUACGUAUAACAAACUGUUCAAGACAGUAGUUCGUACAGACUAAACAUAUGAUAUUUUCUCUAAUUCCAAUACAUUUUUGAAAAUUAAGUAAAAUAUUCAUAGUUGAGAAUAAAUUGACAUAAUGAUAAUAAUAAUAAUAAUAGAUACCCCUGGAAUAUAAAUUGUUUUCUAACGUAAUAUUAUCUUAGAAAAAUAGUAUAUUACAAGUAAAUACAGACGAUAAUAAUGAAUAAUAGUAAUAAUAGCCACUAGUAAAAUAAUUUAACUACUAUCUUUCCUUACUCCUCGGAUCUAAUUUUCAAAUGGGUAUAAUUCAUAAACGGGAAAUCUGACAUGAGUGUUGUGCGUAUAAAAAUGUUUAGACAAAAUAAUAUAUUCUCCAUUCGAAUAUGUAUUUAAAAAAUGGGUUCCUAUUUGAAAAACAAAAAUACAUACUCAUUUAAUGUGUACGGAAUAGGGGUGAUAUAUUAAAAAUGCUUUCAAUGUAAAGCUUAGAUGGUUCCACAAUGAAUAAUAAAAAAAAAAAAAACAGAAAUAAAUUCACUAAAAAUCCUUCGAGAAAAUGUUUGGUUCAGGUUAAAAAAAAAAUCACCAUAUAUAGGAAAUUCUUAAAUCUUGUAGAUACACCAUAUGGCCUGUAUAAUGCAUAUUGCAUAGGCUCGCUUUAGUGUAAAUUAUUCAGCUUUACACUGACCGGCCAAUCCGUAACGGUGGAGUUUUUUUUUUUUAUAUAUUCAAAAUUCGUACACUUACAUAAAGCAGAUAUUAAAAACUUGCACAGGACGAACGCGGCGUCCUAAAACGGGUCGAUAGCGGACACGCGGCGCACAUAAUGCGAAAAUCAUUUUAAUAUCAUUGCACGAAAUGUUGUACCCGUAAAGUAUUAUAAUUACCGUGGUAAACACUGGUGUUGUUGUUGGUGUUGUUCACUCGUUACAAAAAAAAGUUGUAAAUAUGCCGAAAAAUCGAGCGAAGGCGUUAAAAAAAAAAAAAAUCUAUACGUUCGAAACAAUAGUAAGUAUCGCGUUUUAAAAUUGCAUAAAAGCGAUUUCCUUUUGUUAAACUCAUCGACCGGUCGCCGCGAAUAUAUUUAUAAAUAUUAUUAUCGGUUUUCCAUCAAUCAUCGACGGUUCUUUUUUUUUUCGCUUUCAAAGAUUAAAGUUUUGAUUAUGUCGGAGGACGCUGCAGCGGUUUUACGCCACCAACACCGCGCGUAAUAAUAUUACUACAAGAGAGCGUAGUAGAAUUGUUAUUAUUAUUAUCAUGCGCUGUUAGUCUUUACGGGGGAAAAAAAAUGAACCCUUUUCAAUGCGUUUAAUCUAUAUUUCCCCCUCCGGCGGUGUUUCGAGUACACUACAAAUUAUAUCGACUACAUUACGUUAUUGUCUUAAUUAUACGAAUCUGACGAAAAGCUUUUAUGAAUAUUAUACAGCUAACUGUAUGGCUGUAUAAUAGGUAUAUUAUAUACUAGCCGUGGGGACAUACUCGAAUAUUUCCAUUAAGAAGCGAUGGGGUCGAGACGUUUGUUUUGUACAGAGCUGAAGGGGAUGGCUUUGUCUCUGCGGAACACACAAUAUGGUUUUUCUUGAGCCUUGACGCACGACGCACAGCCCGUGGUUGAUUAAUUCAUCCUCUUGUAAUGGAUCUAUCAUAAUUGACAGGCCAAUGGAGAGAGAGAGAGAGAGUAAAUGUAGUUAGGUUAGGUUAAAUAUAAUUUAAUUAUGUAUAUAAUAUAAUGUUAUUAAUGCCAGUGAGCAGCUCUGACAACCGGAACUAUUUUGGAUCAGUUGUGAAAAUAAAAAUAUGUACUUGCAUUGUAUACUAUGGCGGUAACGAGUUGACUAAAGUGAAAAUUCAAAUCUGUAAUGAUAGAGCUCUGCUGCCCGUGUGUGUAUUUUUUUUUUUUUUUUUAACCGAAAACUAAUGAAAUGAUUUCAUUUUAUUAUUAUUAUUUGUAUUUUAACGCAAAGUUUGCGUUUCUUUAUUUAAGAUUACGAGCGUAGCGAGGAGUGUAUUUCUUUUACUAACAACGUGUACUUCUUUUUAUUUGUCUGUAAAUAACUUUUCUACCAGAAAUCUUGCUCCAAUCAAAAUACAAUUCGGAUUUAGUUACGGUCAUUUUUUGAAUUUCUUUGUAGUCCUCCUAAUAAUUGGGAAAAAGCAAGAAAAAUCGUUGGAAAUAAGGUAAUUUUAGAGUAUAUAUGUAUAUAAAAUAUGACAAUUAGAACGGCCGAGUACAGAACUGGCGAUGGCAAUGGCAUGAUGGUGUAGAGAGGGUAAUUUGGCGGACGCUGCUCUUGCCGUCCAAAAAAAAUUGCAUUGAAUAGAACGGUAGUGCACCUAUUAACAGUGCACUAUGAAGCGGCGUGACGUGAAUCGGAUCGAAUCUUCAUUCAAUUUAUUACCCGUAAAAUUCACAAAUAAACAUAAUAUGUUUCGGUGUAGUUUGUUUUAAAGAAUAGCUUAACUCAAUCAUAAUCGUUUUUCGUUAUCAAUGGUUUAUCUAAAGAUAUAAAUUAAAUAGUUCUAUGUACACCCAUCAGGGUAUCUUUUGUUUAAUUGCCUUUUUUUUUCCACUACUACUAAAAAUAAUUAUUACUCGAGAGAAGGAUUUUCGAACACAAUUUGUUCCAAAAAAAAAAAAAAAGAAAAAGAAUACCUACCUCGAUUGUUCAAGUUAGUUGUAUAAAAUAUACGUAAUAAAAUUAUGUCUGUGUUUUUGAAGAAAAAAAACAAUAAAAGGAAAUGUUCGGGUCCCCGAAACAAAAGGUUAGCUUUUAUAUAUAUACAAAAGCAUUUUGUUCGACGACAACUGUGAAAUUGUUCACUUGUCUGAAAUAAUAUAAGUAAUAACCCCUGCAGGUUAGUUAGAUUGCUUCAACGUCGGAGUGGUAGGUACCUUAAAAUGUAUUUUUUUGACGUUAACAAUUGUGUAAACAUAAUGCAAAACCCUCCGGCCGACGUUUAAAUUUGGGAGUUGGUAGUUGGGUAGGAAGUCGAUUAGUACGUUUCAUUUUACAGAAUGAUUUUUAAGGAAUCUCCGUUGAAUUCAUUGCGUCCACUCGGGAAAUAGUAACGGUUUCGAGACGACCGAGAUCCUGUUGCAGAACGAAUAACAUACAUAGAAGUGUUUCCGAACAAUACUAUUAUUGAACAUUAAAUUGUGAUUAAAUUUUAUAUCGUCCUUGUAUACAAUUUUAGUCAUAUGCAAGGACGGGGGAUGUUUAACGCACACUGGACAUUUGUCCAGGGCUUCACGUUCUGUAAGGACUUGAGUCAAUAACAGAUCCUCAAACGGAACAUUUAUUUAGUGUUAACCACAGGCACGUUUUUAGCCACGGCGUAAACUAUAUAGUUAGUAAUUAUGGUCAGAUUUUAAAUCCGCAUAACCUAACUGAGACUAAAUUUUAAAUGUAAUUAUUAUUAUUAUUUUUAUAAAGUGAUGGGCAUUUUUUUAUUGUCGUCUUAAUAGAAGAACUUUUUUAAGAGUAUAAAAAGCUGUACUUUUUGUUUUUAGUACACAUACCUAUCGAUAUUGAUCUAUUGAAUAUAUGAGAAUUUUGAAAACUGAUUUUUUUUAUAUUUUUCGUAAGUUCUACAACGUUCUAUUUUGACUGUUUAGACCGACAGUAGUCUAAGAUUUGAAUGAACAUUACUACAUCACUCGUCAAAUCUAUUCGAAAUCGACUUUCCCAAAUUUUUGUUGUUUACUUCUUCACAAAUUAAAUUAUAGAUAAUAUAAUAUCGGAUUAAACGUGGUAAGUAGAGAAAUAGGUAUCAUUGUACAUACAUGUUUAUAAGUAUGCUUCUGCACUAUCCAUCAGUAAAAAAAUGUUAUUUCUUUUCGCCCACCGGAUAUAAUAUUAACGGCACUUUCGAGUUAAAACGAAAUUAAUUUAUUUUCGAAAAUUCCAAAAAACUAACGUAAAAUCCAUUAUUAUUGUAAUAACAUUAGAUUCGGAGCACAGCAAAAUUUUUAAUUUACCAAUUUUUUACUUAAUUUGAAAUGUAAUUGGUAUUCUGUGGAAAAAGCGUUAGACUUAACAGAAAUACUUGGAAACUCAAAAGAAGGUUCGUUAUAAAUCUGUAAAUAAGUCAUGGUCGAAAAAGAAUCGAGUGUAAUGUGGUUUUUUUUUUCUUAAAGAAAAAGAAGAGAGUUUUAUUAAAAAAUGUUGACGAACAUCGUAAAUAUUACUGCCUUUCAAAACAUGUAUAAUCGAAUAUUCAUAAAAACGGUUUAUCUUUGCUUACAGACGCGAAUUAAAUAACUGUAUGUAUCCUACCUAUCCAACAACAGCUUGCCUACAACAGUGGCACACCCAUUUCCAAGAUCAGGUCUUUUUUUUGUUCGACACUGGUUCUCUUGAGCCAUGGAAUUAUUUUCAUCUAUAUUAUCAUAUCUGUGUACAUUCAACUCGUUUGAAACAAUUACGAUCAGACCAGUCAUAAGUGUAUGUCACUCAAGUUCAUUGGGACUCAGUUAGUUUACUGACUGUCAAAACCACUAUAAUCCGAUAAAACUGUUUUAUGACACUGUAUGCAUUGUGCGUGAUAUAUUCUCCGACAAUUUUAGUACAAUAUACAAUCAUUUCUAUGCGUUCUGUAUAAUAUGUAUAUUGGUACACACAAUGAUGAAUUAUGUUAAACUUCAGAGUGUAAAAUAGUCAAGCGUCACAACAGUAUUUGCUCGUAAUACCUAUAAAUUGCUCACCUGUACCAAUCACGUUCGGCAGAUUUGAUCGAAAAUUAGGAUUUUCAUCGUACUCGUUAUCGUAUUUACAUCUCGUUUUUUAUUGUUAAAUAAAAUUACCGCUUUUAUUCUGUUUACAUUCUCGUACUUUUAAAUUAAUUUUUUUGUUUUGUCCGUAAUUCCCGCGUCACAACGAUGGAAAUAAUAAUUUAGUAAUCGAUUUAUUUUUAAAAAUCGUGUGCAAUAUCAAUGCCGUUCCCAAAUAAUGUCAUAAAUACAAACGGUAACUUCCGAUUUUUGUUUCUUUAUCGAUGACAAAAAUAAAUUAUAAAGUUAUUUCGAAUUUUUAUUUGGAAACAUCAACUACACUGGAAGAUGAAGUAUACAUUACCAUCAGUAUAUGUCACUCCGCGAUCGUCGGCGGUUGUACUAUACAAAAUCUAUUGCCCGAGAAAGCGAUGUUUGCGAUAUUUUUCACCGCAUAUCAUUAAGAAUAUCAGAAAAUGUACCGUAUUUAUACUUUGUAUAGAUUUUUUUUUUUUUUUCAAUUCCGUCAUAACACAAACUACAAAAGAACGUCCGGGAAGACAUUCGCCAUAAAACGUCAAUGAUAUAACCAUUUAGUGUGUAUAUGGCGGCGAUAAAAAAAAAAAAAAAAACCCCAAAAGGAAUUACCGGCCCGUCACUAUAUGAAAACGGAUAGGUUUCGACCCGCCACUUUUAUACGAAGAGAGAAAAAAAAAACAUUUAUUAAACUCUAUAUUAUAGUACUUCCCCGUCCUAUGCCAACCUAAAAACCCGUCACCGUAUUCUCUAAAUAUACGAACGGAGACGUUCACAUAUUCGACAGGGAAAAAUUUUUUAUCAUCGUCGCCAUUAGACAUUACACUUUUUAUUGCAAUCCUUCGGUUUUGACGGUUUUAACGGUCUAGUGCUCUAAUAGGUACGAUCAUCUAAUAGCGUAGCCAGCAGGACGUAAGUGUUUUAAAUGUUAAAUAUGUCCGCAUUUUCGUCGAAAAAUCGUGUGCACUGUAUACUACGGCGAAACUUUGCCUGUUUUGGACAUGUUUAAAUUGAAAACGACCCCGACGAGUGGACAAAAUGUCGGUUACGCAGAUUGACGCCGGUGCACUGUGUAUAUAAUAUGCUUCACUAAGCCAAAGUCUAUAUAUAAAAAAAAAAAAAAAUUGUAUUCAAUUGUCGAUUGUUACUGCAGGUGGUCGCAGGGUCUGCUGUUCCACCAGGCCAUGGUGGACUGCGCGAGAGCCGCCAUACUGAUACCGUUGGCGCACAGUCUUCUGUACUGCGUGCCGGUGAAAAAGUGUAGCCUCGUGGAGACCGCGUUUCUGCUGUUGGUCACCGUGUCCACGAUAAACAUGCUGACCAUUGUGCUGAACGAUUCGCCGGUGUUCCCGGAGGACGACGAAGAAGACGGUUACCAGGUAGGUCGUCGGGUAUCUUUACUGUAAACGAACGCGAGUGACAAACGUGCCAUGUCCGCUGUUUAAUCGCGGACAAAAAAAAGAAAAGACCUUGCACGUUCCUUAAUUAAAAAUGACACGACACCGACAGUUACCGCGUUUCCCCGGAAUCAGGAAAGGUACCCGAUAAACCCAACUUAACCGUACGCCGGGACAGCCAUAUAAUGAACAAACGUUAAACAGGUGUCGUCGGUGCCGCUGCUGCUGGACUCGCCGCAGUGCGUGGUGUUCGGCACGUUCAUGAUAUGGUUCGCGGCCAUCACAAUCAACUUGGGCCCGACGUUCAUGAGCGGUGCCCUGGCCGCUGGCUCCGAGGUGACCCGUGACCGGCCGGGAUGUCCUCUCGUACACGGCCCGUUUCGGCACUACAUACUCAACGCCCUCUGGAUAAUCAUCAACCUGCUGUGCGUCAUGCUCACGCUGUUCCACCUGCGCAAGCUGCACCGGGACCUGACCAAGGCCAACGUGGAAGCCGUCCGUGUGGCGGGACUGGUCACCACGCUGGUGAACGUCACCGGCAACAAUUACUCGGACCCGCGGCACGCCCCCAGAGUGAGUGUUCCCGAUAUCCUAACGCUAAUAUCAUAUGUGAAAGGUACAGCGAAAAAAACCUAAAAGAACAUUUUUUUUUUUUUCAAACUGAGAAAAAUAUGUUUUUAAUUUCAAUACGUAACGAUAUUUUUUUUUUCACUAAGUGAAAAGUUCGGAUUAAAUUAAAUUACAUCGAAAUGUCUGGUUAUCAGUCAACUUGCCUGUUUUUUUUUUCCUGUAGGCCUUAACUUCUAGCACCCAUUACUUUCGACUAGUCCGGUUUUUUCGCCCGUUCAAUUGCAUAGAAGAUAGAGUACAUUAAUAGAAAUUGUUUGAUAUCAAUUAAUUACCACUGUGGAAAAAAAAGUGACUUUUCUGGGUUUUUUCCUGUACCCUUUAGGUGUAGUUUGUUUCAUCACUGUCCGGAAAAAUGCCUUUUUACAGUACGCCGUCUAUUGAAACACUGUCUAAUUUUCUAAUUCUCGUCCGCAGAGAAGUUUGGGCGCGGUGGAAGAGCAUCAGAGAAUGCGCAAUUACUUGUUGCGCAUCGAGAGGGAAGGCGUUCAAAAGGUCAAGAUGUUCGUGGUCAUUACCGCCGCGUACGUCAUUUUCUGGGGACCAUUGUUUUUCGUCACACUGGUACAGCACCCGCUGUCCAACAACCAUUCCGACUACGAGGUGAGUGUAUUAUAAUUAAACGAAGGGUUAAAACAUCAAAACCGGUAAAACCUCCGGAGUCCUUCGAUAUCGAGGAGUAAAUGGGUUAUUUGGAAUGUAUAAGUGUUAUCAUUAGAAAACUUCCGAAAACUCUGGUAGGUUUUGGGAACACUCCUUAUGACCCUACGCGUUUCAGUACACUAAACUAUUUGCUACUGGUGUAUUGAAAAAUACAUGAAAUUAAGCAGUUGAUUAACGAUCGAUAUUGUGCUUAUUUUUCAAUUGAAAAUUCUGGUUUUUAAUGUACGAGUUAGUCGUAGUUAGUUUACAUUUUUGAAGCUGGGUCACACCUAUUGCGUAUUAUUUUCCGAACAAACUAAUAUACUCGGAUUACACAUUACAACUUGAGUGCUAUAAAUAUUUUAAAACAAUUAAACACCAGAAAUAAGUCACACAGUAUACGUCAAAUAUUUUAAGUUGUCAGGCCCAAGAGUCGAAAAUCCCAUAAAGGAUGCCUAUUCUUAUUGCGACGGAUUAAAAAUCCAAAUUAGUAACACUAAUUUCUCUAAUGAACAAAAAAUAAUGACUAAUCAACAAACACUACAUCACAUUGUAGUUCAGCUUUAAAUUCAAAAAGAAAUGAUAUUUCUGGAUCUACAGAGAAUACAAGCAAUACAUGCUUUAUAACGUUUGACCUUCAACAAUGUUUUCCUAUUCCAUUCUUGAAAUUAACUUGCGCGAGAUUUCUUUCAAAUGAUAGUUUCGCAUCAAUAAACCGAGUAAACCCUCGUGUAUCGGUUUCGGGUACUACAUUAUGAUAUACAAUAAUGUACAAUAGUGUAUUGUUGAUGCGAAAUCUCGUAAUUAUUUUUUCGUGUCUAUUAACAAAUUGUUUACCAGAAAUCUUGCUUUAACGUAAAACUUUCUUAUAGAAUUUUUGAUCUAGUUAAUGCAUUGAGGCGGUGAUUUUUUGAUUCUCCUGGUAGUUUUAUUUGAUAAAGUUAAUAACAGCUUUAUGGCCAUAGUUUUGUAACAUUAAUUAAAAUCUAUUUACGAGGUUUUUCUAAGUUUCAAAUUUCGUAAGUCAGAUUUCUACAUCGAAAAAUUUAAAUUUUUUUUUUUUAACAGUAUCAAUUUUAGAUUAUAAUUUUCUUUUUCUUUUUCGUCUUCAUCCCAACUAUUUAGGAUUGUCCACUAACUUUCACUUGGUCCGAUGUUUUAUAGAUGAUAAUAAUAUCGGUAAAUAUACAUUUUUUGAACAUUUAUCUUAAUUUUAAAAAACUACUAUCAAUACUGUUUUUACAAGUGCAAUAAAUUAUUGAAAAUUUAAAAUGAGAUGAAAUCAUAAUCAAACGAUGUCUUACAGUAAAUAUAACUGAAGUUUAAGUAAUGAUAAAUUUAAGUCGUAAAAAGUGAUAAUAAAAAAAAAAAAAAUCAAAUUUGUACAUUUUUAAGUCUACCACUUUUCAAUUCGUCUGUAAUAUUGUACAAUAUUAACUUACGAAAUGUUUGCCACUUAAGUGAUGACGUUAUAAUCAGGUCAAUUUGCAAUACGUGCAUUUACACGGUAUCCGCGCUGACGUUGCAGGUUACGUUGCACGUGGCCAACGGACAUUCGUUCGUCAACGCCAUGCUGUUCCUGGUGCUGCACCGAGGCCUCAGACAGGCGGCCGCGGACGCCUGCUGCACGAGCAUGUCGACGAUGGCCAGGUGGCUGACGGCCGGCUGGUCGCCGGAGCCGUACACGCUGGACGCCGGGUUUCCGGGUGCAUCCCCAGAGCCCGUGCUCGCCGCACCGCCGCCACCGCCGCCCACCAGCAUGCCGGCCUACACGAUCCGGCACUCUUCGAUGAGGGUAAGCCUUUUAUAAACGUUAUAAGCGACGUAAAGCGCAUGUGGAAUAAAGAGCUGAUACUGUCGAUGGGUAUGUCGCUGUUACAGGUGGGAAAUUGGGACGGUAGGAUAUAAUUUAAUAGCGUUAUUGGAUUUAUGUCCAGGCAAAGUUUUGGUAAACACGUUUUGAUAUGUCGUCAUACGAAAAUGCGUAUAAAAACGUACAAUACCAUAGAAUUUGUUUGCCACUAAUAUUACUCGAUGAACCUCGAGCAAAAUGUUCAAACAUCUCCGGUUAGCCGAAACAAUUUCUUAGCAAUAAAUCACAAACAAUCGCUAAAUAGCUAAGUGGUUAAAUUAUUACUAAAUGGCCUAAUCUAAAUGCAGACGAUCUAAAUAGUUCAAGUAAUAUAUUUAUGUUAUCUAUACCUUUUUUGCCGAAAAAAAUAUUACGUCACAUAGUGACUUAAGAUAAUUUAAUAUUUAAACAUUAAGACGUUUAAACCGAAAAACAAAGGGGGAAAAGUACACAAUAAUAAUAAACGAAAAAUUUCGAAAAUUGACUUGAGCCCUUUUUUAGCUUAAAACCAAACACAUAUAGUUGUAUAACUACUCGUGGUAGUUAGAUACUACUUUUUUUUUACGUCUCUCCGUCUAAUAUGAUUUCUAUGUGGUCGUCGGUCGUCGAUACCGAGUAGUCGUUCAUUUGCGGUCAUAACCGCAUGGGUCAUAGUCACAGUCGGCAGUCGUCAGGAUAGCCUCCUCCAAAGACCGAAAGAUUCGUCCACGAACAGUCAGAAUUGAGUGGAAAAUCGUGUUUACGGCUGAGACAAGACCCAGUGAGGACGUCGUUUACGCCCCCCGCAUGGUCGCCCAAUGCGGCUGCAUACAGGGUGAUUAUUUUAUCGCGAACCCAUGGCGAUGGUUGUUAUAUCAGAUCGCAAACCGAGAAUUUUUUUUUAUUGUUGUAACCACAUACAUCGAAUCGAAUCGCUAACGGUUAUUUACAAAUUUUUCAAAGUUUUCAAAAUUAACUUUUAUAAAUUGGGUGGUAUCUGUAUAAUUAAAUCGAUGAAUAAAUUGCGAAGUUAAAAUACAGAUGUACGUAUAUGACAUAAUUUGCCUACACGAAUAUGACGAUACUGUACGGAUUUCGUUUUUACUAAUUUGUUUGGGGAACGAAAUCGACAAUAAAAAAAAUCAUCCCAUGUAUAUAUUGUGUAAUACAUGUAUCAUACAUAGAUAGACGUAUGAACGGGUGAUCCAUUUAUUAUGAGAAGCAGGAAGAAAAAGUUAUCGUCUGAAAACGGAUAUGCAAUUUACUAUCAUCCCCUUUUCAUCCAAUAAAAAUAAUUUUAAAACGUUAUAAAUCGUAAACGGUGCGUUCGAUAUUUGUACAGUAUUACGCAUAUAAAAAUUGUUAGAAAAAAUAUUCCCUUGCGUGGAGGUGCUUAUUCUAAAGCCAAAAGUCGAAUAUUCGUUUGAGGUAUACAAAAAUGAGUAAGAGUAAAAAAUAUAAAACUUAAAUGAUUCCAUUAUAAUGACUUCGCAUAUUAUCAAGAUCACUUAAAAUCCUCCGAGAACAAUGCUAAUUCCUGACGAUAAACCAGGUGUCUGAUACCGAUUAUCUAGAUAUUAUAUCGUAAUUAGAUAAAUCAAAUAUAAAUCACCUGAGCCGUUAUCCAUGUUAAAUAAUCGAAAAAUGUGCGUAAAUAUUUUCAAAUCGUAAUUUAUAAUUUUAUUUGAAAUGCAGCGGGUGAAACGUUUAAUAUUAAUACGAUAAUACGGUUUAAUAAAUAAUUUAUUAAGUUACAUAAAUCACAUGCAUACGUUUUUUUUUUUAUAUUACUCUCGGUUUUAUGAUGAGUAAUGAACAAAAUAUAAUUUUUUUUUUUUUUUUUUGUACUCGGAUAAACAGUCCCCGCUCGUUUAUAUAUUUUAUCUGUGGUUAGUUAAAUUGUCACGCAUCUUUUAUCUUCGUCCAAGUAGACAAAUUAUCUUUCCGGCAAUUAUUUCCUAUCCUUAUCUAGAUAUUUUUAAAACGCAUCGUUAUACAACAUCGACAACAACGAAUGGAUCAUCCUGUACAACAGGGAGCUUCCCUCCGCCGCCGCGCCGGCCGGAAUCGCGCCCACCGCGUUUGAUGGAUAGACUGGUGGCAACUCGGAAGCGCCGGCGGCGGCGGCGGCGGUUACCCACGGGUUACAUUAUACAAGAGUAGAGAUCCGCCGUUUCGUAUACCUAUAGAAUAUCGUCUUCCGCAACGUUUUCGCUCCGCCGGGCGUCGUAAUAAUGAAAUGCAUAACGAUGUACAAUACCGGCAAUGCGGUUUUUUUUUUUUUUUUUAAUUUUUUUUUUCCCUAGUCGGUUCGAUACUAUAUCAACUGUCCGAUCGUCCGCGAAACUGUAUCGUUAUUCCGCUAUCGACUCAUUUGCGCAAAUUUACGCGAAAAGCAUACGCGCAUUGAUUGAGAUGGUAUCACUGUACAUUUUUUCACGACACGCGAUAUUAUCAUGACGACCGGUGACGUUUAAAACAUUCGAAAAACUAUUAGCCGGUACCCCGGUGCCGAUGGUGGGCUGGGGGGAGGCGAACGUUUAUUCCCGGACGUGGACAUUUCCAGUGACGCAUUCUACGCGUAUUUUACGGCGCAGAUUACCGUCUCACGCGCAAUGUCACAGCGAGUAUAAGUACCUCUUGGCGAAAAUUUGAAUUUGUGCAAUUAUGACAUAAAAAAAAAAAAGGGUCUUCUGUCGGGCCGAUUUUCUUUUUUUUUUUUACCAAUACCUAGUUUCAGCCAUUUAUAUAACACUUGUCAAAUUGAACUAUCUAAUCGUCUUAUCGUGUUAUUAAACGAUAGAAAGAAUAGUCCAUCCUGCAUUUUCAAUGAAACUGGUUUUUACAACGCAGUGCGGCCUAAAUACAAUUGAUCUACUUACAACAGACAUAACAUUAGUCUGCCGACCGCGGUACGUCAUAGUAUAAUAAAACAAAUAGUGAAUGAUGACUUUUGUAACUUACUUUUGAAAGUUUUACUUUUUAUUGUUAUAACUUCUCGAUUUUAUUGUUUCAAAUUAUCAUUUAUAGUCACUAACAAUAGAUCGGUUGUAUUAUGUUAAUGUUUUGUUUCUUAUGUAUUCUUACUAUAUUUAACAUUUUAAAUUUAGGCAUUACUAAGUUAUAAUUUUCCGUUCGUUCUUGUUAAAAAAUAAUUUAAAUUCACCUCCGGGUCUUUUUGAGCUUCAUUUAUUACAAAAUAUGAUAGUCAAUAGAGUAAUAUUUCAUCUUAAUGAAAAUAAUUUUGUCCAUAUCAACCCUGUUUUGUGUAAAUAGUUUCUCAUUGCAGCAUUAUGUUACGAUUAUGUGUACCUAUUUGGUGACAGUUUCAGAUUUCUAUGAUUAUCCUCAACUGAGUUACAACAAAAAACAAAAUCGAAAUAACAGGAGUCGUUAUCGCAAAAAUAUUUCCGUUUUUCCGCCGUUUUUUUUUUCUGAUUUUUACAAAUUAUUAAGAAAACUACGCGAAAAAUAAAAAUACCCUUCUCAAUGUACCAAAUAAACAAAAUUGUCAACCAAAAUUAUUCCUGUAGUUGAUGAUUGGAUCAAAAUUACUAGGUGGGAAAUUUUUUACAGACAAAAAAUAAAAACAAGUUGAUACUGGGGAUAGAAGCGGCCACUGUUGUAAGUGAAAAGUUGGAAAGAUAGGGUAUAUAAGGUUAUUUCAUUUAUAUCCGUGAGCAAUGAUAAACCAAUGCUUAACGAAAAACGAUUCCGAAUGCAUGAUCAAAUCAUUUUUCUGGUAGAAAACGUUGUUCGUGUUUUUAUAAAAUAAUGAAAUCGUGAAAUUGUACGUUUUCCUACGUUUUUUCCAACUUAAGUGCUUUUAUUUAAAAAAAUUCGUUGAAAAUCAAAAAAAUGAGUCCUUUAAAGUACAAUCUAGAAAACUUGAGCUUCUUCUCGAAAAGCUGCUAAAUGUUAAAAUCCAUGCAAGUUUACUAGGAAAAAACGUGUCCACAGACUAGAAGAAAGAAAAAAAUAAACAUCUUUGUAAAACCAAUAGAUCCCUCGCUACGCUUGGAAUCAAAAAUUAUUUUUGCCAAUUAUUAUUUAUGUGACAGCGAAGUAAAUUAUAAGCAGGGCUUGGAGUUUAUAACAUUAAAAAUAGCUGAAAUAUGCGUCAUAAUAUGACAUAAAAAUCUUAAAAUGUUCUAUAAUAUGCCAUAAAAAAUGCAACGAGAAAUGGCAAAAAAGAAAAUGUAUUUAUAUUUUUAAAUUUUAAUUUACAACCGAUAAGAAGUCAUAAAUGUAGACUGUUUAAUGGACCUACUGACGCCGGGCUACUUAAAAAUAGAUUAUAAUAUGAAACGAAAACGUAUUUCUCUAAUGAAUUCACAUAAAUUUAAACAUUUUUUCUACUCAUUGUGAAAAAUACAAAAUAAAUCGUUAUACAGCGCGUCUCAAAAGUCUUUGUUUAAUUUCAAAAAUUUAUAUUUAUUUUAAAGUAAAGAUAUAAAGGUGGAAUAAAGUAAAUAUAUUCUCAGAACAAUGAAGUUUUAAUUAGUUUUGGUUAAAAAUAUUCAAUGUGACCCCCACAGGUCACCCGACACACGUCCGUACGGUACCUAUUACAAAUUCCUCCCAAACGAGAUCGAUCUGAGCGUUUCUGUGCACACAAAACAACCAAUAUUUCCUGGAACAUUUGAUACCAACGUAGAAUGUUUUGAGCAGCUGAGGCUUUACUUCCACGAACUUUCCGAAAAUCACGUUGAACAGCUAUUGUCGACUUGUACCGACCGAAACAGAUGACUCAAAACGCUUUUUGUGGUGGAAUAAACUGACGAUAGUUCAUUAAUCAUUAUGGAAUUUAUCAGUAGCGUUACUUAAAAUAAACUUGACUAUCUUAUCAUCCCAUUAGAAUAUUAUAGGUUGUCAACCUGCGAUUAACGAUUACUGAACUAUAUCAAUUCGUAAUCGGAUGAAGAUUUGAAACACGUUGUAUUUAUACGUAUUAGCCAAAAAUAACACCAAAAGUUGAAAAAAAUCUAAAAUACUUAAAAUAUACAAAAAAUAGAUACAUACAAAUUUGACAUCUGGAGUCUCUACUGCAUAAAACAAAUGUAAAACUUUUUAUCCGUGUCCUAUAAUAAUUAGAAAACGCUAUGAAAACCGAGCUCCGAUUAUAAGAAAUAGAUAGAUAAAUACGUAUAUUCGUCCUCCCCGCCAUUGUACAAUAAAUACGUACUCUGAUAUUGAAAUAGUUAAAAACUAUAUUUAAACAUUGAAAAAAACAAGGAAUACUGCGUAUUACCUGCCACAAUCAUAUCAAAAAUCGAUUAUGAACAAAGUUCAAUAAACCGAUACGGUUAAAUACAAGCGUUUAUUCCUUUGUAACGCGCAAGGUACCCCAAAUAUCGAUAAAAACAAUACCUAUAUAGGUAUUGUAUUUUAUUGUCAGUAGAAAAUCGUUUAUUUUUUUUUUUUUUUUUUUUUAAAUAAAGUAGAUAGGCACAAUGGUACUAUCGAACGAAAAAUUUGGGUUUUUUGUGGUAUGGAGAUGUGAACAAAGAGUAACAUAUUCGCUAAUCAAAAAAGUGUUUAUCCAAGAAAAAAAACAAAACAAUAAUUUUUUUUAGAAUCGUAUUAAACACAGAGUGUUGACAUUCCGCGUCUUUUAAGAUAUUGCGUGAAAACAUCAUAGCAUUUUUAACAAGCGAGAUAAUAUUUUUUGAGAAAAAUAAAAAACCACGUCCCAUAAUAAAACUUCACUAUAAUACACACUUCAGAAUCUAAAAUAAUGGAAGGCCGAAGAACUAAUGGGUGUGCCACUGUUUUGGAAUGGAAGGGACGAUAUUGCAAUAUGAAUUUAUUUAUUUUAUACCUAUACACAACGAUAAAAAUAAUGGUUAACGAAAAAAGAUACUGAGCAGAGUAUUUUCUGCCUUGUCAACAAAAACUGUUCAAAAAAAUUGUUAGUUUUGUCCAUUUAUUAGGAAAACUACUACAAAAAAAAAAAGAAAAAAAAAAGACCUUCUAAACGCACUAACUAUUUAGAUGAAAAAAUCUACAAUAAAAGUCUCGUGAUGUUUUUGAUUGGUACAAGGUUUCCGAUGCAAAAGUCGUUCGAACACACACACGCGCACACACACACACACGCACACACACACACACACACAAAAAAAAAACCUCACCGUAAUAAAACCGAUGAAUCUAGAAUCCGGGACCAAUCGCGGACGGCGUUGAUGGCUUCGUCAUCAUUGGACAAAACUUAUUAAUAUUCUCUCGACGUGUAUAAAUAUUAAUUUUAUAGUCGUACCGCGUAUAAUAGUCGUUUACCGGUCGUAUCCAAUUUGUCCGUGCGUGAAUAACAAAACACGUACCCGGUAUCCGUAAUCGUACGAAAUUCGGAGACCGACUAUACAUGUUCAUAUAACGCACAGGUAUAAAAUAAUAUUAUGUUAAUAUUUUAAAAAAUUCGAUUGUCCCGACGAAAAAAACUCGCCCGCGCCCGUAGUUAUGAGUGCGUUUUGCAUAAUGUAAUAAUAUAAUGGAAUGAGUAUAAUCCGCAGCCGGCGGACGAGUAUGCGGAUUUCGUGUCCGGUGAAUUCCUCCGUACGCGAAUAACGGAAUAAAUAAUCACAAUUGUAUUACUCGUGUUUUUUUUUUUUUUUUUUUUUUUUUUUUUAUUUUGUUUUACAUAUUUUUGUUUCCAUCUAGGGUACGCUUCUUAGCAGACAGGUAAUGUUCGAAGACGUCGUUGUGGUCGUCGACGUACAAAAAUUCCAAACACGUCAUUAGGAUAGCAAAGAAAACAGAAAAAAUACAUAAAAUCAGCAACAGAGCUCUGUCGCUAUAAAAUCGAAUUUUCUCCCUGCUAACUUGUUGCUAUAAUAUUUAAUAUAAUAUACAGUAUGAUCCACUAAGCGUGCUCAUCCCAUUUUUUUUUUUUUCGGUUAAAUUUUACAUGUAUUUAAAUUCUGAUUUUCGGAAUUUGUAAGUGUAGUUAGUGCCGAUAUUUUCGUAUACUUUGAUUUUUCACAAAGUUUAGAAAAUAUAUAUCCUGUGGCGAUACGAACUUUAGUUUUCAAGUGAAAAUCUAUAUUACAAAUUCCAUAAAUAGACGGAGUAUUACAUUAAAUAAGCUACGGUGUUAACAUUUUUGAUUUUCGUUAACCCGUUGACGAGAUAUGUCACUUUUAAGUUUUGGCAGGAGGAGAGUAGUGGGGCACUAAUAAACGUCGCGCGCAGUGUCGGUACUCCAAUGGGAAUUAUGAAUGAUUGGAGAGAGGGUUGAGAGUUGAAAUCUCCAAAAGGUUUCUUUACCGUAUACACACACACACACACACACGCACAAUUUCAUUUUCUGGACUCAUUUAGGGGGUAUGUAGUGGUGUAAAAAGUUAAAAAAACCACCCUUUUUUCGCAACGACAUAGUGAAAUUCAAUCGAAACUGUAUCACUUCAAUCUGCAUAUAAAAACGAUUAUAAUUCCCGUAUUUGAGGGAACAUCUAAAAGUUUCCGAAACUAUGGAGGGAAAGACGUACACACAGGGUGAUCGACAUAACGCGAGACACUCAUUAUAUCGGAAAGUAUUAAUUAAAUAAAUUUACGGGAAGAACCGGAAAUAAUAUUAUAGGUGAUACGGCACAUAUAAUAUGGCGCGCCGAUUUCAUUGUUUUUAAUUUUGGAAAACUUUGUUUUCUACUAAAUAUACUAAAUAUAUUGCUUCAAUCAAAAAAUACUAAGCGAGUGCAGUAUUUUUCGUUGCAUUUUGUAUCUAGUUGCACAAAAAGUAAAUCGUUUUUUUAAUAUUCUUAAGUAAUUUUUAUAAUAAUCGGAAAAUCCGAAAAAUGAAAAACCAAAUAAUUUAUAGCAUAGGUACACGAUUUCAUUAUUUAAUUUUUUUACAAACCGUGUUUUCCAACUGAAAUAUUGCUUUAAUUAAAAAAAUUCCUAGAGACUUUUCAUGUUACAUUUUGAAGGUUCCUCGUGAAGUUUGUCGUUUUUCAAGUAGUUUUCAUAAUAAUUGGGGAAAACGUAAAAUAAAACUCGAAAAAAUCACGGCGUUACGAUUUCAUUAUUUAAAAUUUGUACGCUUUAUAUUUUCUACCAGACAUAUUGCUCUAAUAAAAAAAAACGAUAGAGAUCUUUUUCAUUGUAUUUUUAUUCGUACAGAAUUCAUUUUUUGUUUUCCUUGUAGUUUUUUUUUAAUCAUCGAGCAAAAUUGAAACAAAACGUAGAUAAAACGGGGAAAUGUACUAAAAUUAUUAUUUUAUUAUUUUCAAUUUCGUCUUUUUGUUUUAACUCAGUUAAAAAUAUUCGUAGAGACUUGAAAUUUCGACAGAAACUCAUAUUUACUUUUUCUUAGCGUGGUAAAGUUUUGAAAAUAUUGAACUAUUUACAGAUAUUUUAUUUUUGCGAAUUUUGUGCAUAGUUUUUGUAUGGUAGAAACUCUGUCGAUAAAAUUAAACAUAAAUGCUUGAAAAUUGAACAGGUCAUUCAUUAUAAAUUAUACUUAUACUUAUUGUUAAAAAAAAAAAAUUGAAUGUAAUGUAUUACAUGAAGUAUUUUUUUCUUUUUAUUAGAAUUUUAACUAAAAUCGUAAAUAAUAAUAUUACAGCCUUUAUAACAUGUAUAACAGAACUUCGUUUUAAAUUUUUUUUCGUUAGCAAACGUUUAUUAUCUUACAGAUAUAUAAAUUAAAUAACUUUAUGUAACCUACCUUCCUAACUUCUCGGCUACAACAAUGACACACCCGUACCCAGUUUAACUUUUAUUUUUGUUCCUUAACACGCUCGGUAUGCUUUUCAAGUAUUUCUUUUACAAUAAAAUAUACCACUUACUACUCGCUCGAGUACAACGUCCUACAACAAUCAAAAUAAAACAAAUCCUUCGGUCCUUCGUGUCUUCGCAAAAAUGCAAUUGAUAAUGUACACCAUCGCCUUUUUACCGUGGGUAAAGUCUUUCAUCACUCGUUUUUGUACAAGAAAAAGCACUUUAAUCCGAGUUCAGGCGAAAAGUUUUAUACGAAUACAAAAUUAUUUUUGACGAUAUAUAUAUAUAUAUAUAUAGACAAAAAGAGAGACACGACAGUGAUCAAAAUCAAAGGUAUUCGAGCAUUCCGUCACAAAAUAAAUGAACAGUCAUUCGUGUUAUCCGCCGAUAGACAAUAAUGAGGGUCAGAUAAAAGUGUUUCAAAGCAUUUUUGAUCAAUAAUAAAAAUUGCAUUUCUCUAUAUUUAAUGUUUCUAUUCCAAUAAUAAACAUCACGAUCAGAAUUUUUCUCUUUUUCUGCGAUCACGUUUUGAACGUGCGGACGUACGUGGACUUAUGGCGAAUAAAACAAUACCGUUUUUUUAGGGGUGUAAAUGUUUUUUUUCUUUUUAUCAUGAAAACGUACGUGCUUUCGGCUAAAUGAAGGAAAAAGUUACAACUUCUAAUACGAGUGUAGUCGUAUUUCGUAGGCGUAACGAGUUAUUUUUGAACGGACUAUUUUUUGCUUUGAAUACUAUUCUAACAGAGAUUAUUGAUCGGCAAAACACAGCUCCGUCGAUACAAAUAAAUUUAACUGUCGUUUAUCUUAUCCCCCCCUAUCUCGGUGAAACGUUUUAAUUUUCACUCCAACUUAUCAGCUUUUUAAACAGUUUUUUUGGUCGGAUUUAUAUAAUACCUAUCUCGCAAGAGAUUUUACAUUAGGCUGAAUAUGAUGAAACUCGGUGCAGUCAUUUUGGAUAUGAUGCCAUAUUACAUUUGUUUUCAAUCAUUUGUUUUUUUUUUUUUUUACUUAAAAAUAAUAUUUAGUGGCUGAGGCCUGAGAUACACCAUUCAAAAGGAGAAAACGAGUAAAAUUAGGGCAACAAUCGAAUGAAAGCUAACGGAAAAAAAAACUCAGAGAAAGGCCGGAUAACUGUUGGUGAACAGAAUACAGUAAGAUAUUUAGAAAAUUUGGAAGUGAAAUAAUCUAGAAGAAAAAGAUCCAGGGCCGUAAUUAUUGAAAGAUAAACAAGCUUUGAAGUAUUAUUUUGAAAACAUGUUACUACAAUGUAUUAAAUCAUAAUUGACACAAAAAAUUAAGAUGGUUAACAAUGAAAACCAAAAUGGAUGUUAGCCAUGAUUAUUCAAUUUUGCGAUUUCAGUAUUUGUUUGAUGACACAAAUUCUUUAGAUUAUACAGACCUUCAGUCUCUAAUUUCUUUGCCCCUUCAAACCAAUAUUACUACUGUGUUCUACACAUUUGGAAACAAGAACACAAGAGUAUCGUUACUAACAGUAAUGAAGUGUUAUAGUUUACCGACACAGUGUACAUUAAUUAUCAAUUAUAGCAAUCAUUAUGAUCCAGACAUAUUUCCAUUUUCCGAACAUAUUCAUUUUAUUAAAAAUUUAGUAUUCACUGUCCAUUACCUACACUGAAUCACCAGGAAGAUUCAUUUAUAGUUCAAAAAAAGACGGAUAUACUUUGCACGUGAGUGGACCAUUAUUGUAAGUUGGGAAGGUAGUAGAGGGGAAAUUUAAUGUAUAUUUGUAUUCAACGAUUAAUCAUUGCUAACGAAAAAACGAUUCUGAGCGGAAUCCGGUUAAUAGUGUUGCUUUGUCAGCAAUAUAUGAGUCAAAUUAUGGUUAAAUAAUUUCAUAUGCAUUAUAUGAUUUUCUUUAAAAAUAUUUGAUUAAAAUUGUACCUAUUUUUCCAGUGUUACCAUGCUUUUUUUUUUUUGUUAUUCCCAUUUAUUAUGAAAAGUUGUUCACAGGAAAAAAAAAAGCCGUAAUAUUUUUUUAUUAAUACCUACAUUUCGUAAUUUCAUACAUUUUUCUGUUUUUGAUCCGUUUUUUCGCGGUUUCUCUCAUUUAUUUGGUUCAGUCCUGGAAAAAUCAAAAAGAAUAUGGCAACAAACAAUUAGCAAAGUGGCCGCAAAAAGCUAAAUACUCCACUAUAUUUGAUUAAAAUUGUACCUAUUUUUCCAGUGUUACCAUGCUUUUUUUUUUUUUUUUGUUGUGUUCUUCUGUAAAUAACUUUUCUAUCAGAAAUCUUGCUCCAGCCAAAAACUUUAUGGGAACUUGUUUAUAGUAUUUUUCAUUUAAUUAAUGCGUUUUUGAAGAUAAUUUUUGAUAUUUUUUUUUUCCGUUGUAAUUUUCUAAAUUACAACAGUUUUCUGGUCAUAGCGUUGUAAAAUUUGUUAAAAUCGACUCCCGGGGUUCUUACAGGGUACUAACCGACAAUAUAACAGAUGAUGUGACUCUGAAAAAUAUAAUGUCCUGUUUUUCAUAAUGUACUCGUAUUAUAGCAGAUAAAUAGUUACAGGACUUAUAUACCGUGCACUACGGCUGCUGCAGCAUAAAUUGCAACUAUUUCGGACUUUUAAUUAUUUCUGAAGACGGGCAAUAUUUUCCGCUAAGCGUGACGAUAAUGGCUGAGCCCAGUAUUUGCGGGUAGGUAUUUCUAACAGUAUAUAUACUACGUGUGCACAUCAUUCGCUGUAGAGGACGGAAUGUGACUGAAAAUUAUACUGAUUAAAUGGACGCCCUUAUUUAAACUGCCAGAUCCCUUUGCAGAGUCCCUUCGAAACUAAUUACCGUUACAAAAACAAAAAUCUAUUUAUUUAUUCGAUACCUAUCUGCGUUAAGUAAAAUACCGGGUACAUAUUACGUAUAAUUGGGAUUUUGUGUGUUUAUAAAAACCGUUUUACGAAUACGUAAUAAUCUCUUUGCGAAUUCAAAAUUAAUGGCAUGCGGAUGUACCUUGUGUACCGUGUCGUUUGAAAAUUAAACGUCGGGAUUAUUAUCUGCAGCCAGAAGACCGGUUAAAAAAUACGCGUUGAUAAUAUUUUCAAUCAAUAGUCAUGACAAAUUAUCACAAAAUAAAGUUUCGUAGUGCACGAAAAAGAUAAAUUUCAAAAUAAUCAUUUGAACAGUUAAACUAUAUAAAAAGAUAUCGGUCGACGGUCGACCAACUUGAUAAAAUGGCCACCUGUAUAUAUCACGAGUAUAUUAUUUGUGUGCUUCUAUAAUGUAGGUAUCGAAAGGAUUAUAUUAUGCCUGCAUAUUAUUAGGGUCUUAAAUGCAAAUUACAAUUAUUUUUUUAUAGUCUAAGACUAUAUUACGGUGUCUAUAUACCUAUACAGAUAUCUAAGAAAUUCCCGGCUUUCAUCUUACCUAAGGCAAAUGAUUAUAAUAAUAAAACAAAUGUUAAAAAACCGACAUAUUUCGUACCAUAGAUGGGCUAAUGUUGUAAGUUAGGAACGUAAGGUACACAUAUAGAGUAGUUUAUUUUAUACCUGUACCCAAUAAUAAAUCAGUCCAAAAGGAAAAUGACUAUAAAUAAGCAAGUUGGUUCAACAUGUUUCGACAAAUUUAUAUUGAUCAUUAUUUUGUAACUAAUACAUUUUGGAAAAAUAAACUAUAAUUAGUUUUGUUUUUGUCAAAUUUUAACACAAAAUGCUGAUAAAAAUAAAUUGCAUUUUAGACGUACCGCCAUAGUAUACGUAUAUUGAAAAAUAUUCAAUGAUUUUUCAAUUAUUUUGAACAAAUUAUUUAUAAUCUAUUUACUUAGGUAGUAUAAUAGAUCUAUACAUUAUAUUAUGUCAUUAAAGAAUUAUUUUAGGUAGGUAAUUUUCGUAUUAAAAAUUUAUAUUAAUUUUAAGUAAACUUUUAAGGGGAAUUCAUACCGAUCGAAGUGAAUACAUUUUGGGGCAUGACGUGCUGUAGUAUCCCAUGAACGUGGAAAUGUUUUGCGUUCGAUUGUGUUGGUGUUACUACGGAAACCGCAGCGUCACAUAUUAAUCGCAUUAUAAUAAUAGAAUAAAAUACAAUUAAAGUGACUUUCCAAUUUCCGACUUACCCCAGCCCGAAACCAUGAUAUUAACCAGUUGACAGAAGACAAAAGACAAUUUGUUUUCUUCAGGUGUGCGUCGGACCUUAGGAAAUGCCUCCCGCCCCCGGUUAAACACCAUGACCAUUUAUUAUCGUUAUAAUACCAUUUAUUACGAUAAUAAUAUUAUCGUGUUGUUAUUUUUUUUUUUUUUUUUCAGACCAGGUCGAUGAAUCGGUUCCCGGUGCACCGGGAAGUGCUGCACAAUGAAUACCACUCGUCGCACCCUAACCUACACGACAUGUCGGUCUUCAACAUGGGCCGGUUGUACAACAGUCACGAGUAUCUGCCAAACGACUACCGGCGCUACAAUCACAGCUACUACCACCACCGGCCCGAAACGCCACCGUGCUCGUCACCCGAAUGA